AUGGAGAAGGAAACAGAUGGGCUGAAUGGCACCUCGAUUUCAUCUGAAGACAUUCUCAUGGACAUACUUGGAUAUUAUGAUGAAGUGUCUGAAGAUUGUUGUGUGGAGAAAGAAAUUAGUGAGUGUCAUAGCACUGAAUGCCAGAAUGACAAUGAUUAUGCUGAGGAUGUUUAUUCUGAUGAUGAGCAAGAAUACACUAUCUGUGAUCUUGAUUCUUAUGCGGUCAAUGCAGACAUGGAUUAUGCGGAAUAUAACUGCACAGAAGAUGUGUCACACAAUGGCCCUGAUGAGAGGAUGAAUCAGAAUGAUGAUUUGAAUAUCAAUGAAUUCUAUUUGGUCCAAGAAAGACUAAAAUGUGCUCCACUUGCAUGUUUGUACGAUGACUCUGAAACUUAUUGUGAACGUAGCACAAAUCAUAACGCAAAUGAAUUGUCAGUGAAAACAUCUUCCCUUGAUGAUCAACCUGGAUCUACUGCAUGUAUAAUCAGUGAUAUUGAUGAUCAACAUGAACAUACCGAAUUUACAGUUAACGAGUCUACUAAAUGUACAUCCAACGAAUCUAUUGCAUGCACAAUCAAUGAGAAUACAUCUGAUAAUCAAUAUGAACCUAUCGAAUACACAAUCAACGAAUCUCUUGAUGAUCAAUGUGAAUCUACUGAAUGCACAAUCAAUGAGCAUGCACUUGAGCGGGUAUCUACUGAUAUUCAAGGCAUGUCUGAGAAGGAAGCAGAACUAAGAGACCAGGUUGUUGAGAUAUUUUGCUCUACGCCUAAGAUUGAUGCAAAUAAUAUUCUUUUUGAUAGGAUGACGGUCAACCGCAUUUGUAUUGAUGAAGCCAUAUUUGUCAGUGCUGAUGAGUAUGAAAAUACAAAUGCACAAAGGAAGACAAAGAAAGAUCACUCAAUUAAUAAUGAUGAUACAAAGUGUACUGAUAGUCGAAUGUACAGCUUUAGUAAGGAAGAUGCGUUAACAAGUGAAUUGAACACAGAUGUGACAAUGGAUGAGGAAACCAUGAAGGUUUUCAAAGAAAUGGAGAAACGCACAUCAGAGGUGGAUUCAUCAUGUGCUAGUGUCUCCGGAGAUGUGCCACGUCAAAAGUUUGUGAUUGACCAGGAGGAGGUUUUCCUGAAGAUUGAGGAUGUGAUUAGACUGAAUGACUUAAAGCACAGGAAUCUAAUUGGAAAGAUGCACAAAAAAGGAAGAAAUGGUAGAUACCAAUACAACUGGUUUACCCUGAGAAAGAAUUUCUUUACUUGCUACAGUAGGAAGGGAUGGAGGAUGGUGCCUGGGGCAUUGCUUGAAAAUGACGGAAACCUGAAAGAUCCUGAGCAGGACAUGUUUUUCCUGAAGAGGAAGUAUACCCUUGAUCUGUUGUGCACAAAGAUAUAUCUGUUGAAUAAGAAGAAGUGGUAUGGCUGUAUCUCUGCAAACUCCUGGACUGAAGAUGGGCUCAUUGACAUUACUGAAGAUACAAAGAUAAUGAAAAUAGUACCUGUGAAAAGACACUUUGUGGUUGUGUUGAAGAAGAACCUUGUGAAGACCGAGAUCCACAUGAAAGAGCUUAGCUUUAUGCUAAAGAAUGGGGAUGCCACUUACUUUUAUAAGUCAAAAUGCAUUGAUACCUUUCUUAGCUGGAUUAUUGCAUUUGCAUUCAGACAGGGAAGAAUCGCAUGUAAUAUUGGCUAG